CUCCCUUCCACUCGCUCUGACGCCAAUGCACACCCUCCUCCCGACCCCUCAACCCCACAUUCCUAUUCUCUGUCUCACAGCCACUACAGCCCUUCUGACGAACAUGGUUCUCUGUAUAUACCAGACCAGGGAAAUUACGCACGGGUUGCGUGGAUUACGUUGAGUUGUAAAACAUAUCUAGGACUAUUAUUCUCUGGAAAUCCAGUUGGUUGCCGUUUGGGAACCACUGUCCAACGUCCAUUGAAGUGCCAACUAAAGGUCUCAAUGAAACGCAGUUCCUCAAGCGGAGAUUGAUCACGGCGGAAAAGGAUGGCCGUCCACGCCGAAGGGAUCGUGGCUAUAGUGCUCUUCUACUUGCUCAUUCUGGCCGUGGGAAUAUGGGCUGCGUGGAAGAACAAGAACUCGGGGGUGUCGGAAGGCCAAGAUCGCAGUGAAACCAUCAUGGUAGGAGGAAGGGACAUCGGGUUAUUCGUCGGUGGAUUCACCAUGACGGCUACGUGGGUGGGCGGCGGAUACAUCAACGGAACCGCGGAGUAUGUCUACCUGCCUGACUACGGUCUGGCCUGGGCACAGGCUCCCUUCGGAUACGCGCUCAGUCUGGUCGUAGGUGGCCUGUUUUUCGCCAAGCCUAUGCGCUCCCGAGGUUACGUCACCAUGCUGGACCCGUUUCAGCAGAUAUACGGGAAACGCAUGGGAGGCCUGCUAUUCAUUCCCGCGCUCAUGGGGGAGAUCUUCUGGUCGGCAGCCAUCUUGUCAGCCCUUGGGGCUACUCUGAGUGUGAUCGUGGACAUUGACAUCAACAUGUCAGUUGUGAUCUCAGCACUGAUCGCUAUCUUCUACACCCUGGUGGGAGGGCUCUACUCUGUGGCCUACACUGAUGUGGUGCAGCUCUUCUGUAUCUUCCUGGGACUGUGGGUCAGCGUGCCGUUUGCCCUGUCCAACCCAGCUGUGUCCAGUAUCAGUGUGACAGCUAAAGAGGAAGUGUACCAGACACCCUGGCUGGGCAAGAUCGACUCAGCAGAUACAUGGAUGUGGAUCGACAACUUCUGUCUUCUGAUGUUGGGGGGGAUUCCAUGGCAAGUGUAUUUUCAACGGGUUCUCUCUGCAUCUUCAGCUACCUACGCCCAGGUUCUAUCCUUCAUUGCUGCUGCAGGCUGCCUGGUCAUGGCUGUUCCCUCUGUCCUCAUAGGAGCAAUAGGAGCCUCCACAGACUGGAACCAGACUACGUACGGAGCCAUUCCUCCAAAAGAAAAGGACCAAUCGGAUAUGAUUCUGCCCAUCGUGCUACAGCACCUUUGCCCAUCCUGGAUCUCUUUCUUUGGUCUGGGGGCGGUGUCCGCUGCUGUGAUGUCAUCAGCUGACUCCUCCAUCCUGUCAGCCAGUUCCAUGUUUGCCAGAAACAUCUACCAGCUGGCCUUCAGACAGUCAGCGACGGACCGAGAGAUUGUGUGGGUGAUGCGUAUCUCCAUCUUUGUGUUCGGCGCUCUUGCCACCGCCAUGGCGUUGCUAACCGGGACGGUGUACGGCCUGUGGUACCUGAGCUCGGACCUGGUCUAUGUCAUCAUCUUCCCCCAGUUGCUCAGUGUGCUGUUCAUCAAGGGGACCAACACCUACGGCUCAGUGGCCGGCUACGUCUUUGGUCUGCUGUUGCGUGUCGGGGGAGGGGAGCCCUACCUCAAGCUGCCUCCCUUUAUCUACUACCCCGGCUGGGUGCAGCAGGAGAAGAUCCAUCACCUGACUGGAGACGUGGAGUACUUCAUACAGCAGCGCUUCCCCUUCAAAACGGUCUCCAUGCUGGCCUCGUUCAUGGGCAACGUGGUCUUCUCCUACCUGCUGAAGUACCUGUUUGAGUCUGGGACUCUGUCUCACAAAUAUGACUUCAUGGAUGCCGUGGUGUCUAAACACAGUAAGGAGAUCAUGGACAAGACCACGCUGGUUAGUGACGACAUCAUCCUGUCAGAGAUGGCGCCGGUCAAAGCGCACCUCAACGCCUCGCUGGCGGGCACAUUCACAAACACAGAGGCUCUAAGUGACGACGAGGUGUCCAGCCCCGGGUCCUUGAACAAUCACCGUGAAUAGAGGGCCGGCCGAGGACCCAGAACCAGAGCUCUCCUCCUGGGGAGCAAACUAACCUCCUGUACAUCUCUCCAGUCCUGCUCUAACAUACCUGAUGCUAUCACUCGGCAACUCAUUAGGAUCACGAAUAGCUAUCUCAGGUGUGUUACAGCACGGCCGGAGGAGAAGCCUGCGUAGCCAAUAGCUCUCCAGCAGAAGGGUCGGCCAAACUUGAUGUAGAGCCUUGAACCCAGCUGGUCUGUACCGUCAUCCGGCAGUGUUGUGUUGCUGUAUCAGCCACUGACUGAUCCUCUUUGCAUCAAACUCCAGCUCCAUUUUAGUUUUCCUUUCUUAGUACUGGUACAGCAAAUGGAGCCUUUGUGAAAGUGAUGUAGAGGAUCAAAUGGGUGUCUGUAGGGCAGUCUGUCUGUCUCACUAGGGAGUUCUAACACAGACGCCAGCCCAGAGAGUGAUAAGAAUAGUGCAAUAUGUAAUUAUAUGUGUGUCUGUAUGUGCGUGUCGGUAUGUCUGUGUGUUUGCGCAAAUGCGUAUACAUUAGCUGUGUGUGUCUGAAAUCAGCUUUUGAUUAUUCCCUCAUUUGCAUUGAAAUAAUUUACUUAUAGAGCAAUAAUAUUUCCAAGGUUUACAGGUUUGACUGUAGUUGGCUGAGAGGUAAUAGUGUCUGGUAAGUAACAAACAGGUCACCAGUUAGACCCCCGAUCAAUGUGCCCUUGAGCAAGGUACCCCAAUGGUCCCCCAUUUUCUCCAUAAUUGACCCUGGCUGUGACCCUAUUGUCUGUGGAGUGGGGAUAUGCCAAAAACACAAAAAUCACAUGCAUUGUUAAUACACACUUCUUCAUGUGCGAAAUAGGAAAAAUAUAAGCACCAAUCAAAUUAUUAUCAGUAUUACUGUAGACAGAUCUCUAAUUAUCAGUCAUUCCAAAACUAAUUAUCAGUCAUUUUUUUUAAAUGUUGUUGAGUUUUGAAGAAAACCCCCUAAUUCUUUUCAUAGUCCCAAACGAGAUUAUGUGGGCCAGUUUUUUACUGAGAAACAACAGUAUGUGUCAGCAAUACAGAAUAGGGGAAGAAGCCUUAUACAUUCUCUGCUAAUGGGUACACCUGCUGAAUGUGACAGGACCAGAACCACGUCGAUUAUGGACUUGGGUGCUUCGGAAUCCUGGAUUCUCAUUGAGUGGUAGUCGUAGUGUAUGACAUCAUAUCACUUCUCGCUGCUCUGAUUGCGUUGGUAGACCGGGCAUUUGGGGGUUUGUGGUGUAUUGCCAAUAUACCACGACUAAGUGCUGCAUCCAGGUACUUGGCGUUGCUUUGUGAGAACAGCUCUUAGCCGUGGAAUAUUGGCCAUAAAUCACACCCCCUCAAAGUGUAUUGCGUAAGUGUACACUACCUAGGGAAUAGGGAGCCAGUCGCGUUGGGCCCCUGUGAUCAUUUGUUUCCCCCCAAACAGUUAUUGACUGCCGUGGCAGAAAGGCUGUUGAGGGAUGGCCGAGGCUGAGUCUUGAUUGCUCUUCCAGGGAUGGUAUCAAUAACCUGUGUGCACGAUCGAUUCACUUCUGACCCGUACGUUUGUCCCAAGGACAUUUGAUUGGUGUUCUCAGCCGGUUUUACGCCCAGACAGGAAGAAAACCCCCCUGGUGGUUUUGGGGUCUAGCAAAGCUGAACUGGUCCAGUGAUUUGAGUGAAUGAGCAAAUCCAAUCCGUGAUGUCUGUAACUACAGUUUGAUGGGUGAUGCUGAGAAAGAUAUUUGGACUGAAUGUUUUUUUUCUUUCAGAAAACAAAACUCCCCAGUGAUAACAUUCACAUCCUAGAUGGUCUUGGGGAAUGCAGCUGUUGUUUAAUGUUUCGUAAUCUUGUCCUCUAGAUGACACGCCUCAUUCUGAAUUACAGCCUUAAUUUUGGUAGGGUUGGGGAGCUGGUCCGAUGCUAUUUAAAGUGUCAGUGUCUGUCAGUGCUGUUUCAUUUGUUUAGAAUGGAAUGUGAAUGUAAAGUCCUUUCUCCGUCACCCAGGAGACAUGGUUGUGUCCUGUAUUAUGUUUAAUCAGCGAAAAAUGAAUAACUGUAUCAACUAAGUAAGUAAAAAAAUACAUAAUCAUGUCAGUUGACUGACUGGCUAUAAUAAAUGUGAUUCUAUGUUGUAAAUUGGCAAUGUAUAUUUUUGUGUGAUACAUUUAUAUACAAACAAAGUCAGCAUAUGGAUAAAUAGAAUAUAUGUUUUAUUGCAACAAAAUGAUUUGUGAUUUAUAGGAUUAUUUAUAGAAAUACAUUUAUUUGUUUGUUGAGGUAAAAUUAAAGCUAUGUAAGAAUUUAUUUAUUUAUGCCGUGUAAAAUUCUGAUGAUGAG